UUGCUUUCCGGGUUGUGCUACCUCAUUUUCGUCCGCAUCCGGUUUGCCUAACAGCUUACUAACAAAUGAAAAUACUGUAGGACUGAGGCGAGAAACCUUGUUUUUAAACAUUAUUGGGCACAGAAUGGCUGUGGCCAUGAGUUCAACGUGCCCAGGCACAUACUGUGGCAGGAUGAUGUUCAAUGGAUCAGUGGAGGGAGAGUGUGGCGUUUGUCCUCGAGGAGAGCGGGCCAACCUCCAGAAGGUGUGCCAACGCUGCACUGAAUCCCCUGAGCUCUACGACUGGCUCUAUCUGGGCUUUAUGGCCAUGUUGCCCUUAGUGCUGCACUGGUUCUUCAUCGAGUGGUACUCUGGAAAGAAGAGUUCCAGCGCUCUGCUGCAGCACAUAGCAGCCAUGUUGGAGUGCAGCGUGUCGGCCGUGGUCACCUUGCUGGUCACCGAGCCGGUGGGGGAGCUCAGCAUCCAUUCCUGCCGAGUCCAGAUGCUGUCAGACUGGUACACCAUGCUCUACAACCCCAGUCCGGACUACGUCAACACGUUACACUGCACGCAGGAGGCUGUCUACCCGCUCUACACCAUCGUGUUAAUCUACUACGCGUUCUGCCUGGUGCUGAUGAUGCUGCUGCGUCCUCUGUUGGUGAAGCAGAUAGCGUGCGGCCUGGGCAAAUCGGAUCGCUUCAAGAGCAUCUACGCUGCUCUGUACUUCUUCCCCAUCCUCACUGUGCUGCAGGCGGUGGGCGGAGGACUGCUCUACUAUGCGUUUCCCUACAUCAUACUGGUCCUGUCUCUGGUCACACUGGCUGUUUACAUGUCUGCCUCGGAGAUACAGUCUUUUAAGAACCUCGUCACUAAGAAGAAGCGUCUGGUGGUCCUGUUCAGCCAUUGGCUGCUCCACGCGUACGGCAUCAUCUCUAUCUCCCGAUUGGACAAGCUGGAGCAGGACCUGCCCCUGUUGGCCCUCGUGCCCGGUCCCGCCCUCUUCUACAUCGCCACCGCCCGGUUCACAGAGCCCAGUCGCAUCCUGUCGGAGGGCGGCAACGGACACUGACAUUGUUGACCGACCAAUCCAACAUCGAUACAGUUUUUACAAAUGUCUCCGGUGCAAACCUUCAGCUCCCCGCGCUGAGAGAUUGGGCUUCAGCGUCGGGGUUAAUGCCAUCACACGUGCUCAGUGGUCAUAACAGGAUGACAUCACAAAGUGCAAUAUUUAACAUUGGGGAAACAACUUCAUCAUCUACUCCAAAUGGCGUGCAAGUAUAUAAGUAGGGCUGCAACCCACGAUCAUUUUCAUCGGCGAUUAAUCUGUCGAUUAUUUUUCCGAUUAGUUGUUUGCUCUAUAAAAUGUCAGAAAAUGUUUAAAACAUGAGGACCAGUGUUUCCCAGAAGCCCAAGAUGAUGUCCUCAAAUGUCCUAUUUUGUCCACAACUCAAAGAUAUUCAGUUUACUGUCACAGAGGAGAGAAGAAAC